AUGACGACCGGUAAACCAGUAAAGGUGCGUGAAGUCUGGGCAGACAACCUCGUAUACGAAUUUUUUCUGAUAAAGCAAUCAAUCUCUCAGUUCUCAUUGGUUGCUUUGGACACCGAAUUCCCUGGUACUCUCUUUCAAUUAACUCUCGACAAGAGUUUGCUGUCUCAAGCCCCUCCUUCUGUCAACUAUCUUCUCAUGAAGUGCAAUGUUGAUCUCUUGAAAAUAAUUCAACUUGGGAUGACUCUGUCCGAUUCACAAGGAAAUCUUCCAAGUUUAGGAUCAGAAUUCCACUACGUUUGGCAGUUUAAUUUCCGAGAUUUCGAUAUCGAGCAUGAUAGUUACAAUGAAGAGUCUAUUGAGUUACUUGAAUGCCACGGUAUUGAUUUCAAGAAGAACAGAGAGAAGGGUAUUAAUUCCUCAGAUUUUGCAAGGUUGGUUUUGAGUUCUGGACUUGUUUUCAAUAAUUCUUCAAUAAGUUGGAUUACUUUUCAUGGUGCUUAUGAUUUUGGAUUCUUGAUCAAGAUUUUAACUAAACAAAAGCUGCCAUCUAAUGUGUCAUCUUUUUUGGCGCUGAUGAAAUAUUUCUUUGGGGAUCGAGUCUAUGAUACGAAAUUUAUGAUGGGAACAAUUAGGGGUUUGGUUGGUGGAUUGGAGAGGGUGGCUAAGUUACUUGGUGUAGAACGAAUAACUGGAAGUAGGCACCAAGCAGGAUCGGAUAGUCUAUUAACGCUGCAGACAUUUGCUGGCAAGGGUUUACUCGUACACACAUAUAAACGAUUCAUUGGUAGUGCUUCUAAUCCUGGUGAAGGAAUAGCAUAUGGAGUUGGAGUCUCAGGCCAAUAA